AUGGAGGGGUUACCCUUUCUUCCAGGAAAUACCUUUACUGACCCAACUAAAACUAAUUUCCACUUAAGCCAUACUCUUAGCUACAAAAAUGGAUAUAGGGUACCACUUCCAUACCCACAAGUGGGAAUCGGGGGCGAUCCACUCAAAGUGAAUAUGCUGAAUGAUGCCGACUUAGAUGCUCUCGCGAAUUUUCAUCCAACGUUAACGUAUGGUAGAACCAAGCAGGCACCACCUGCUGAAUUCAUUCCAGGCCAUGUGGCUUUCGACAAGAAAGUUUUGCGGUUCUACGGCUAUUUCAAAGAAACGGUGACCGAAUCGCCCCACGAACAUUACAGAGUUCGACAUGUUAUCAUAUAUUACUACCUUGAAGAUGAUAGCAUGUGCAUAUAUGAACCUCCGUUAAACAACAGUGGUCUCCCACAAGGUACGCUCCUGAGACGCCAGCGUGUACCUAAAAACGAUGUUGGUGACCAUUACAUCUGGAGAGAGCUGAACAUCGGACAAAAUCUAACUGUUUAUGGACGUGUCUAUAGGAUAAUUAACUGUGAUGAAUUUACUAAGAAUUUCUUUGAGAGUGAAGGUCUCGAACUGAAUGAGCCAGAAAAUGCACCAGAAGAUCCUUACUUGAAACAGAGAGCGAUCAGAGAGGCCAUCGCACUCAACACGACUCCGAGUUCCUUUGACAAAAGACGCCAGCAUCUCGAACUGGAUCGACAAGUUCUGCGAUUUUACGCCGUCUGGGAUGACCGCGAUGAGAUGUUCGGAGAGUUGCGGAAGUUUGUAAUACACUACUACCUGAUGGAUGACACUCUGGAAGUCAGAGAAAAACACGAGCGAAAUGACGGCCGCGACCCAUUCUCGGUACUCAUUAGGAGGGAGAGAAUCCCAAAAGAUCGGGAUGCCGUACCGCCAACCUUUCCCAGUGUCUGUCUCGAGCUUACAGGUAAGAAGUUAGUGUCCUCUGGCGUAAAUAUGCUCGAGUGA